UCUAGAGCCCUCCUUUGGUCCACAGGUCCCUAGCCAACUGGAACAUACAGAUGCUAAACAUGUUAACACCAUUAACAUUAGCUUCUACAUCUAGCUGAAGUCAGUGAAACAGUGGUGGCAAAAUUUGUUUGUAAAGCUUUCAAAGCUGAAUAAUCCCUUACCUGUCAUCGCUUUUUUAUCACAAACUUUGUGAUGAAAACUGAUGAAAAACAGAGUUCAACGGUCUCUCACCGACGUGCUAACGAUACAAUGGAAAAUGCUGGCAACGACAUUGAAGUUGAAAUUGAAGAUAAACCUUACAGCAGAUGUGGUCGCGUCAAAUCUCAUCUGUUUGAACUGUUUCUUCCAAAGUUCAACAAACAGUCUUCAUACAUUUUUGGAAGCGAAAUUGCCUUUAAUGCGGAAUGUGAUCGUCAAAGGCAAGCAGGGGUAUUUGUAAUACAUCCCCUUAGUUCAAUAAGGCACAAUUAUGUCCUGGUCAUGGUCAUAUUGACUUUUUUAAACCUUUUGUCAAUUCCAAUGGAAAUAGCCUAUUCUGAGGAGGUUGUCGGAGCAGCUCGGACACUCUGGAAAUUGUUCAAUGUGUUUUCGGACUUAUUGUUUCUUCUGGAUAUUUACCUGAACUUUAGAAUGGGUAUUCUCUCAGAUAGCAAUGAGAUAGCAAUCAUUGAUGUAAAGGUUAUUGCCAAGAAUUAUUUGAAGACUUGGUUUAUUCCAGAUGCAAUAGCUUCAUUCCCUGUUGACUUCAUCAUUGCCAUUGCAGAGCACUGGAAUGACAAGGACACAAAAUCACUGCAAGGUGCCAAAAUUAUGCGGAUUCUUAUGUUUGCAAGAAUUCUUAGUCUUGUUCGUCUCCUUCGUGUGUCACGGCUAGUGAGAUUCUUCAGUGAGUUGGAACAGAUGUCUAAUGCAAAUCUGGAAGGUGUCCGUAUCUUCUUAAGAGUCAUUGGUUUAUUCAUGAUGAUGUUUAUUCUGUGCCACUGGAAUGGUUGCAUACAGUAUUUUGUGCCUUUGCUGGCAAACUUCCCACCAGACUGCUGGGUUAAACACGAAGACCUCAUGAAUUCUACGUCAACGGAGAAGUACACUUUUGGAAUCUUUCGAGCCCUUUCUCACAUGAUUGGGAUAUCCUACGGCUCUGAAAACCCUCCAACUAAUGAGGUGGAACUGUGGAUUGUCAUGACCAGCAUGGUAUCUGGGGCACUGAUGUACGCUAUUAUGGUUGCUAAUGCUGCUGCCAUGAUGUCCAAUGUGGAUGCACCCUCCAAAGUCUAUAAAAACAAGCUGAAUCAUCUGGACGACUACAUGACCUACAGGAAACUACCAAGAGAUCUACGUAAACGCAUGCAUGACUACUACCAAGCGCGCUAUGGCGGGAAGUGGUUUGAUGAAAGGGAAAUUCUCAGUUUGCUCUCCAAAUCUUUAAAAGAGGAGAUUCUGAAUGUCCUGUGUGCCAGUAUGCUGGAGCGCACGCCAAUGUUCCAGGACCGUGACUCCAGCUUCAUCAACGCCAUCCUGCUGGAGCUACACUACGAGGUGUUCCUGAAGGGGGAUGUCAUCGUGCAUCAAAACGCCCCGGGCGACCGCAUGUUCUUCAUCGAGUACGGCCAGGUCCUUGUGGCCACUGACACCUUCAAGAUAGAGCUGUGUGACGGAAACUACUUUGGCGAGAUCUGCCUGUUGACCAGAGGGAAGCGUGUGGCCUCGGUCACUGCUUUGUCCACUUGCCACCUCUUCUCCCUCUCUGUGGACAGUUUCAAUAAGGUGCUGGAAUGCUUUCCGGAUGUCCACCAGGAUAUCAUGAGCACAGCAUUGGCGAGACAGGCAGACCUUGAGAACGCUGAGAACCCCUGCACGGAGACAGAGAGUUGUGAGACUGUGGAGAAUCCCACCACUUCAGGUUUAAAUGACCACGCUGAGGAGGAGUUAGGAGAACCCAGCCUUGGGACUUGGAGAAUGAACUGGAUGAAAUAAUGAACGGGAUCGGAUAAAUGGAAACUUAGUUUUAGUCUUGAGAGUUUUUGAGUUGUUUUGAUGAGCUUUCUGAACUUCUUUUGAUGAACUUGAAUUUCUUUAACUUUUUGGAAUUUUGUUUGCUUAAUGUAAUGAACUAUUUCGAAUUUUGUAUCCAAAGGUAAUUCAUCUAUGCCUUAUUAAAUGUUGACCCUAAUAGAAUUAAAGAAUAUUGAAUGUCA